AAGACGAAAAUGGCUGAUGCUUUGUUUUGUUUUUGCGGAAAGCCGUACGAUAACACGCAGUUUAUGAUACAAUGUGAUUGUUGCAAAGAUUGGUUUCAUGGCAGUUGUAUCAACGUGAAAGAAUAUCAAGCAUGUGACAUUGAUAAAUUCUUUUGCUCCAAAUGUGAACCUAGCAGUGGUCCUACAGUUCGAAAACCUGUAUUAAACCGGCAUAGACAUGAUUAUAGUGAUCCUGAAGCCAGCCAAAAAGCAACACAAGCAGGGACCCAAAUCUUCAUCAGAGACUUGAAAGCCCGCUCAUUUCUCAAUGCAGAGGAAGUCAUUCUCCGUUUAAGGGGACAACAACUUACUCUACCCUACCUCAACAGCAGUGGUUUUAAUAAACCAAUUUUUGUAGAACAAAAAGAAGGAUUAGAUCUCAAUGUUCCACAAGAUAAUUUCACUAUUAAAGAUGUAGAAAAUUAUGUUGGUUCUGAUAGAAUAAUUGAUGUCAUUGAUGUAACAAAGCAAUCAGACAUAAGAAUGGCCCUUAAAGACUUUGUGGAAUACUUUACAAAUCCAUUAAGAUCACAGGUCUUAAAUGUGAUUAGCCUUGAGUUUUCUGACUCAAAUUUAAGUGCCUUGGUCGAGCCUCCCUAUAUUGCCCGCAAGUUAUGCUGGGCAAACAAUGUUUGGCCCCGAGAUUAUGCCGUAGAACGACCAGAGGUACAAAAAUAUUGCCUUAUGGGAGUAAAAGAUUCCUAUACCGAUUUCCACAUCGACUUUGGAGGCUCAUCCGUUUGGUACCACGUCUUAAAAGGAGAAAAGGUAUUCUAUAUGAUUGCACCUACUGAAGAAAAUUUGGAUCUCUACCUGCAGUGGUUGUCCAAACCAAACCAUCAUGAAAUAUUUUUUGGAGAUAUGGUUAGUUCCUGUCACCGAUUGGUUUUGCAACAAGGCAACACUUUGUUCAUUCCAACUGGAUGGAUUCAUGCGGUAUACACGCCAAAAGACUCACUCGUGUUUGGUGGCAACUUCUUGCACAAUUUAAAUAUGGAAUUACAGCUAAAGGUUUACAAUAUCGAAAUAGCUUCUAAGGCGCCAAUCCGAUUCCGAUUUCCUAUGUUUCAAACGAUGCAUUGGUUUGCAGCGGAAAAAAUCGUAGAAGAUUUAAGGGAUAUGAGUAGAAAGGGCUCACGCUGUCCAGAACAGUUAAUACGUGGGGUGAGAGCGUUAGCCACCGCCCUUAAGAACUGGACAAUAGAAAAAGAUCAGAACGGAAAGGGAAAAAACGAACUGAUUCCCGAACAUAUUAUAGUAGCAAAACUACUAAAAGAACUGAGUCGAGAACUUCGUCAUGUUGAGAAGAGUUCCAAUUUAUCCCUCUCACCGUUUUCACUGACGGCUUCACUACCGAAUGUACCUAAUGCCAAAGUGGAAAAAAAUUCACCGAAACGAGUGCGCCGUAAACCGCAGACUCGGCCUGAUUUCGUUGACAUUAACGAAGCGCUUAGUAACUUUGCUGCCGAAGAAGAUCUUCUGUCUAUGAAAAUUGAGAGAAGGGAUGAGCCUCGAACAAUUCCUUUUCUACCGCCAACACUCCGUGUCCCUUCUCUACCUUAUCCUGUCCUUCACACUCGUCCAAAUGCCGUCCCACUCAAGCACGUUUUGCCGAAACGAGGACAUGAUGAAGAAGAAGAAGGGCCAUUGAUGAUUGACGAACGGAAGCCACCUAAACCGGCCAAAAUAGGCCAAAAUAUGCAAAGGGGACCGAUCAAACUGCGUCUUUCUGUUGGCGGGCGAACAGAUGUUCCGUUUCCUGAAACAGCAGAAGUUGCAGCCCACAUGGACAUAGAAACAGGUGAAGACAACCAAGCGGGUGAUAACAAGAGUGGAAUUGAAGAACUACUCCGUGCAAGUAACAUGGCCGUACCUGGAACUUUAGAUGAAUUAGAGGAUCGUGGCAGAGCAUCACCUUCGACCAGGGAAGCUAUAGUUGGCAUGUUAACCAUGAGCCGAGGAUUUAGUUCUACCACGUCAGACCACAAUGGAUUUUUAAAUUCAAAUCCACAGCCGCUUGCCUCGGCAUCCCAGCGGCAACGCAAAGGCAGAAGACGGUUGAAUUCAUCCUUGACGGAUGACUACGAUGACGUAAAGGUAUCUAAAGUGCACCAGGAUGACGAAUACAUUUAUCCGUCGCUGGAUGCAUCUGAUGACGAGAGGGAUGGUAAAGAUAGUACAAGGAAGAAACCCGGUAAAGUCGGAAGGUCGAGGUUAGACUCUGGCGACGAAUCGUGGAAUCCUCGAGCUCGUGUAGGUCCAGUUGUCCCGAAAAAGGAUCGCCCCACCCGUGACGGAGCAAAGCGGCCAGCAGUUGAACGGGUGUUGGAAGCCGCUGCGCAACGUCGAGCUCUUGAACCACCUCCUAAAAGAGCCUAUGUUCGCCGGAGCAAAUCGCGAUCGGUGAUUAGUGAUAGUCCUCAAACCGAAGCUGGAGUAUCUGAUCCUAUAGUUCAGCCUUCAGUUGCAGCUCCGACGGCUCCAACGAUUCCACCUCCUACACCACCACUUGGUAAAACCGAGAACAAAGUAAAUUUAGCUAAGAAACCGAAGAAAGGAAUGGCCACUGCAAAGCAACGUCUUGGAAAAAUUUUAAAAAUUCACAAAAUGGUUCAUUAAGGCUUCACUUAGUGCUAAUGCAGUUCGCCAAUUCCUUGUACACACUAUGUUGAUGGUAAAUGCAGUACAUAGACAUAUUUGUUCGAAAA